CAGUGGCAAGUUUGGUUCUAUGUUGUGGAGACGAGGUUCAUUAGCAUCCACACGAGAAGAUAGUAGCAGUCGCACCAUAUCCAUAUCUUCAUGAUCAUAUCCAACAGUACUGUUGGAUACCCGUGAGUACCGAUGGGCAAAAGCACCCAACCUGUUCUGGAGAAAUGGCAGCCAAAGCAGUUCUCUUCUCCCCUCUUUGCAGGAAAUUAGUGCCACUACCCAUGACGAAGCCAUCAACACCAUCCUUUCCAUCUCAUUCCUGUUCUCCGAAAUCAAGGGCAAAUCGUUUCAACGUCCAGGCAAAACUGGGGGGCGGAGAAGGAGAUGUAAGGCCGGGAGGAAAGAAGAAAUUCAUCACCAGAGAAGAAGAACCAGAGCAGUAUUGGCAGACAGCGGGGGAAAGAGAAGGGGAGAAUCCCAUGAAGACACCCCUUCCAUACAUAAUAAUUUUUGGUAUGUCCACGCCCUUCGUAAUAUUAGCUAUUGCAUUCGCAAAUGGUUGGAUUAAAGUGCCCGUCCGAUGAUACGAUUCCCGUGCUUAACUGCGUGAAGAGGGGCGGCAUGACGUGAAUGCCAAGCCUGAUUUUAUUCAUCAGUUUCUCUACUCAAUCAUUUUGUUACCAAAUGUAUGAUGCCUUGAAAGAUUCUGAACAUCCAUGCCUGAAUCACUCAAAUUUAUCGUUGUUCUACACUGCUUAAAUGCCAAAUGCCAAAGGCGCAAUGUUAGAAAUUUGAGAAA